AUAAUAUAUUACUUUUUCUUUUAUUAAAAAAUAAAUAAACAGAAUCCUAAGGAAGCUCAUGAAAUUUUUUAUUUUUUCUGCAGUUGGAUUCUGAAAAAUAUAUUUGAAAAUAAAAUUUCAAAAAAAUUUAAAAUUAAACUUGAAGUUGCAGUUCAGCAUUUUCAAAAAUUUUAAGAAGUAACGAAAAAAUAUUUUCACCUUUUUUACUUGAAAUUACUUGCAAACAUUCAAAAAUAAUUUUAAUUUUUAAAUAUCAUUUUCACUUAAAAAAGAUUCACAAUGAAACAUGAUCAAACGUCCACUUACACAAGAAAAAUUAAGUUUUUUUUUUUUUUUGACAAAAAUAAUGUCUAAACGUGUUCGUGCUUUCUUAUACUCCAUCUAUUUUAAUUUUUUGAUCUACUAACCUUCAUAGUCCGUUUCAGAAAAGAUGAUACUUUCCCUUUUAAUAAUUUUUUUGUUUUAAUUUUUCACAUGCUAUAUUUACGAUUAUAAGAUUUAAGUUCAAUUCUAUAUAUCUUAUAUAUUUUUAAUUUGAGACCACAAAACUCAUAAAUUUUUUUUAUUUUUUUAAAUAUUACGUCAAGUUAAAAUAAGAUAAGUGAUUCAUAAAUACCCCUUACCCUUUCUCACUGACAGUGUGUGUGUGUGAGUAUCUUGAUGUUUUACUGAUCUAGGGGAGUCCUCUAAAAUCUACAAACAAAUUACUUUUUUGAUUUUGUUUGGCUUGGAGUAUAACAAGAGGAAAAGAUAAAAAAGAUGACAUUUGAAGGAAAUGCAAAUGGAAAAUUGAGUAAGUAGUUAAUGGAAGAAGAAAAUAGUUUUAGAAAAGUGGAAUGUCUAAGAGGGAGAUUGCUUGCUGAAAGAGUGGCUUCAAGAAAUGCAAAACAACAAGCACAAAUUAUGGGAAACAAGAUGAUUGAACUGGAGACUAAAUUGAAAGAAGAAACUAAAUCAAGGAAUAAAGCUGAGAAGAAGCUUAAAUUUCUGAUAAAGAAACUUGAGUCCAACAAUAUAUUAUAUAGUAUUUCAGAUGAAAUAUCACUUAUAAAUUCACAAGACAGAGAGUGUCAAGAAUCUGUUGGGAGUACAAAAUCCAGUUAUGAAAAUGUUGGAAACAAUUGUUCUGACCUAUGUUGCUCGGAUUCUCCGAAAAUGUUGUCGUGUUCAUGUCGAAACCUUAAAAAAUGCACUGCUUUUGAAGGAUUUGACACGCAUUCAGAGAUAUUAUUAAAGAAUUCGAGCAACAUAGCUUCAGCAGAAGAACAUUGUGCAAAAUCAAGUGAACUUGAAUUCUCAAAGUCAGAUGGCAAUAGGAGGUCACAGGUUCAAGUCUUGAAAACAACCUCUGACAGAAAUGCAAGGUUGAAAUCUUCAGUUAAGAUGGAAGAGCAAGUGGAUUUUCAAGCGGACAAUUCAUUGGCAUUAGUUCCUAUGGAUCAACCAAAGAAGAUAAAGCAAACUAUUGAUCCAAUUGUUCUUGAUGACACUGUAAGAGAAGUUCUUGAUGCAUUGAGGCAUGCUAAAGAGAAACUUCAAACACAAAUGGAGAGAAGGAAAAUGAUUAAAGCUAGUUAAGCUCUAUGUAAAGGCGGAGCCACUAUUUGAAAUUUAUGAAUUCGUAAUUGCAGUACUAUAAAGUUAUUAGGUUCUAAUUUAAUAAUUUGUGUUUAUUCA